ACACACUGCUGGUCGCGACAAAUAUCUGCGCGGGGAAAGAACUGCAGAACAUGACACAAGCCCAAUGUCGCUCUUACCAUGGAGGCCUCUUUGAUCUCACGACUGCGGGUGCAUCUUUCAAAAACAUCUCGAUAACAGGAGACUUGCCGGCGGAUCCUGGCUGGAUCAAAUUCAACCCUUCUUAUUCUGUGGCCGGAGAAACAGACCUGGGUUUGGUGUCGAAUGUCGCCAUUCCAAACAUGACGGUUGUAGUCAUCACAGCAGGACUCAACUUCACUGCAGGACACCUCGGACUCGGGACACAUUCUGUCCUCCUCAACCAUUUGAAAGAAUCUAGCGUCAUACCGUCCCUUGGCUUUGGGCUGAAUGCCGGUAGUCAAUCUACUAAUAACCCCAGGGACGGUAGCCUCGUCUUGGGAGGCUACGAUGCUGCCAGUGUUACGAGCCCCUUUUCGACGUAUCCCAUGGACUAUCCAGACACCCUAGCCGGACGCUACUGCCCACUUCAAGUUCACAUUCAGGGCUUACAGCUCCUCUUGAAGGGUCUGGAUCCGAUUCAGCUUAUUGGGGAAGGUGAUGGACAUGCAGCGUGUAUUGAACCAUAUGACAAUUUGUUUCGGCUCUCAGAAACCGGUCUUGCCAGAUUCAAACAGGUGACUGGCUGGGACCCAAAGACUGCGUACGAUCCAAACAACCUCUUCGUUCCUGAGCCCGGACUUAUCUUCCCAUCAACGACAGGGUUUAACGGAAGUUUGAAGUACUUUCUCAAUAAUGGGCUAACGGUAGAGAUUCCGAAUUCCGAGCUCCAACACCCUCUUCGUGGGCUUGACAGAACUGGUGAUCACGUUCUCCAGCCCAACGUUACAGAGGUGAAUAUAUAUAAAGAACCCCUUGGAGCUUGGGUGCUUGGGAAGGUGUUCCUUUCACGAGUAUAUCUGGCUGUGGAUUACGAAGCUCGGCAGAUUCAAUUGGCAGACGUGAACCAGAACGAGAUCACACCCUCCCCGGUCAAAUUUAUUUCUGCUAGUACAGGAUGCACAAAAAGCACCAAGCUGGCAGGAGGAACGAUAGCCGCGAUUGUGCUCGGUAUUGUGGUUGGUCUCUCACUGAUUGGGGGGGCCGGGUACUAUUUGUUCAGGAGACGUAAGCGACGGGUCAACCAGCCUGGCCCAGAUACUAGUGACAUUGUCUCAUCGCCUAUGGAACCUUGCGCUUCGGUUACUGAAAGAAGCCCGAUCAACGAAAACCAGUUACAUCGUUGGGAAUUGUCAGGGGAGCGAAGGACAUCGGAAUUGUCGUCUCCAAACGGCGGCUACCCGCCGCCGUCACCGCGUGCUCCUGCUCCUCCCCCACUGCGUAUUCCGCCAUCACGAAACGAUCUUCCAGGAACGACGUCGGCCUCUCUUUUCUCUGACGGGACUCCUCGAACACAAGCUGGUCAGCAUUGGAGUCCUUGAAAUGGCAUACAACAUC